UCCACAGUCUGCGGCACCGCGGCGCUGCGUCCCCUCCUCCUUCUCCUCCUCCUUCCUGGCUGUGUUGGACUGUCCUCCACCCCCCCAGCAACCUGAUACCGGAGACGAGCGGUCCAGACAAGCCCUGCAAACGAGGCGUUCCCAGCCGCCCUGCCUGUCUGUCUGUCUGCCCGGCGGAAUGAGACGGGACGCGGAGAGCUAGCUGGUUAAGCUAAUCAAGCUAGCAUCGGCAGCGGUCCGCUUUUACGUGUUUUUCUAACCGGAUUUUCACCGGUUGUGUCGAACGUGGGGACUAUAUUUUCAACAUCUGCCCGUGCCUAUACGAUCAGCUUGUUUUUCUUGCGACCCCCCCCCUUUUUCUUUGCCCAAGUAUUUUUUUUUUUACCCCUAACACCAAGACAGUCGCCCUCCCCGAGGCUAGCUGGCUAGCAUGCUAGCUAGCAGACAUGGACGCGUUAGCUGCUUUUAAAUCACGCCAACACGCAAACACAACACUUUUUUGUGUGUUUUUUUUUGCUCUAUGUCGUACAUUAGAUGUGUCUCAUGCCAGGGAACUCGGUUCAAGUUAUUGAGCUGACGUGAGGACAACCAGGAGAGGGGGUCGAAAACACACCUGGGGUCCGCUGGACAGGAGGACCGUAAAGCGGUAGAAAAAGACGUAAAAGGAGCCUCAGCCAGAAACCAUGUCUGUGGGCCAGAUCACCAUGAAGUCUCUCCUUAAAUAUGGGUUCUGCUUUCUGACGAUUCUCAUGACUUCUGUGGCUGCGGCGCAGGGCGACGAGAGGGAGUGCGCCUUCACCGACCAGCAGCAGCAGUGGGAGGUGGAGCGAGUGGCCGGGGGCGAGGGCCGCGUCUCCCCGGAGAACACCACCAUCCGGUGCGCUAAGGGCAGCCACUGCUUCGGCCUUUGGGAGAAAAGUCCGCCGGGCGAAGUGCGACUGGUCAAACAAGGUUGCUGGACUUACCCGGGCGACCACCAGGGAUGCAGCGACGACCGCUGCGUGGUGACCAGCCUCCCGCCACAGAUCCAGAACGAGGCGUACCACUUCUGCUGCUGCGGCAGCGACAUGUGCAACGUCAACUUCACCGAGGACUUCCCACCGCCCAGCCCAACCACGGCACAAUCCCCGUACCCGCGCCCACUGCGCCACGAAGAGACAAUAAUCAUCACCCUGGCAACCGUCUCCGUGCUGGCCGUGGUUGCCGUAGCAGCCUUCUUUGGUUACCGCAUGAUGCGCGGAGAUGGUAAGCAAGGCCUUCACAACCUGAACAUGAUGGAGGCCGCCGGCUCCGAAAGCUCUCUGGAUCUAGACAAUCUCAAACUGCUGGAGCUGAUCGGGCGCGGUCGAUACGGCGCAGUCUACGGCGGCUCUCUGGACGAGCGACCCGUGGCUGUGAAGGUGUUCACCGCAGCCAACCGGCAGAACUUCCUCAACGAGUGCUCCAUCUACCGGCUGCCACUGCUCGAGCACGACAACAUCGCCCACUUUGUCGCCGCCGACGAGCGGACGGGCCCAGAGGGACGCACAGAGUACCUGCUGGUCAUGGACUACUACCCACAUGGCUCUCUGAGUCGCUACCUGGGCGUCCAGACCAACGACUGGGUCAGCAGCUGCCGGCUCGCUCACUCCGUCACCCGGGGCCUGGCGUACCUGCACACGGAGCUCUUCAAAGGAGACUUGUACAAGCCGGCGGUCUCCCACAGGGACCUGAACAGCCGGAACGUCCUGGUGAAGGGCGACGGCAUGUGCGUCAUCAUCGAUUUUGGCCUGUCCAUGAAGCUGACGGGGAACAGGCCGGCGCGUCACGGCGAGGAGGACAACGCCGCCAUAAGUGAGGUGGGGACGAUCCGCUACAUGGCCCCGGAGGUCCUGGAGGGGGCGGUGAACCUGAGGGACUGCGAGUCGGCGCUGAAGCAGGUGGACAUGUACGCCUUGGGCCUGAUCUACUGGGAGACCUUCAUGAGAUGCACGGACCUCUUCCCUGGAGAGUCGGUGCCAGAGUACCAGAUGGCCUUCCAGGCUGAGGCAGGGAACCACCCGACGUUUGAGGACAUGCAGGUCCUGGUGUCCAGGGAGAAGCAGCGGCCCAAAUUCCCCGAGGCCUGGAAAGAGAACAGUUUGGCGGUCCGCUCUCUGAAAGAGACGAUGGAGGACUGCUGGGACCAGGACGCAGAGGCCCGACUCACGGCACAGUGCGCCGAGGAGCGUCUGGCGGAGCUGCUCCUCAUAUGGGACCGCUCCAAGUCGGUCAGCCCGACGCUCAACCCCAUGUCCACCACGCUGCACAACGAGAGAAAUCGCAUGACGCCAAAGUCGGGCCCGUACACGGACCAGACCUCCACUUACAUAGAAGAGAACGAGGGAGUUGCCAAGAACACGCAGACCGACACCACCGGCUCCCUGAGCGGUCGCGUCGGGGCUGUGACCGGAGAGAGGAACAGGAACUCCAUCAAUCAGGAGCGCCAGCAGCAAGCCAAUGCCCGCCUGCCAAGCCCAGAGGGCAGCAGCACCAGCGCAGGCCUCAGAGGCAGCCCCUCAGCCUCCACCACUACCACCACUAUCAUCUCCGACUCCGAGGGCCCCCCAGGGACCCCCGCCGUCCCCGUCUGCCUCCACCUGACCCAGGAAGACCUGGAAACCACCAAGCUGGAUCCGAAGGAGGUUGACAAGAACCUAAAGGAGAGCUCGGACGAGAACCUGAUGGAGCACUCGCAGAAGCAGUUCUGCUCCCCGGAUCCGCUGAGCCCCGGUAGCUCCAGCCUCCUCUACCCGCUCAUCAAGAUGGCGAGCGAGGCCGCGGGCACGUCGGACCCUGCCGCCCCAAUGCCCACCACCAUCUUCCCCCUGCCCAAGCAGCAGAACUUGCCCAAGAGGCCGUCCAGUCUGCCCCUGCGAACCAAGCCCACCAAGAAGGAGUCGUCGUCGUCUUCACUCAGAUUCAAGUUCGGACGCUCGGGGAAGUCCAACCUGCGGCAGGUGGAGGGGACAAAGAUGAACAUUGGCGCAGCGCCGGGCGCAAACACAGCGGCGGAGGCUCACCGGGCCGCGGGGACAAACAACACACCGGCUCUGCGGGACGCUCACGUCAACGGAGCGGCUAACGGUCACGCCAGUGCCGGGAUCUCGUCCAUGACCGCGGGUGGGGCGACGGGUUUCAGAGGAUCCAGCGUAACUCAGAACGGGUCCGGAGCACUGAGGUCCGACGAUGGCCGCCUGAGCCUCGGCGUCAUCACGGCCAGCCCAGACGAGAACGAGCCGCUCCUGAGCCGCGAGCGGGAGCAGCCCGACCCGAGGGAGGCGGCGCCCAGCGUUGCGGCCCUCCGCUCAGCUCGACCCAACACGAACAACAACAACAGCAACAACACCGGCCACGGCAGGGGGGACGGGGAGAGCGGGGGAGAGAGCGACGGAGGAGAGGAGGAUGGGAGCGGGGAGGGAGGGAGCAGAGAGACCACGGGGCCCCCGGGUGAGAGCUCGGGGUCCGGGUCCGGCGUCGCAGUCCCCCAGCGGGAAGCUCCGGUCACCAUGAGAGGGGAGGCCCUGCUCAGGCAGCCCAGGGCCCGCCGGCCCGAGAGACCCAACUCCCUGGACCUGUCCUUCACUACACAGGACCUGGCCUCACUAGGGGAGGGCUUGGCACAGCCGGACGGAGCCUUUGGGCCAGGCGGUGACAAGAUCAAGAAGCGCGUCAAAACGCCGUAUUCCCUGAAGAAGUGGCGGCCAACAACGUGGGUCAUCUCCACGGACGCCAGGGGGCCCGAGGUCAACAACAACAACAACGGGUCGUCCCGCGGUCCAGCUCACAGCCAGAGCCGGCCCAAGUCCAGCUCGGCCAUCUACCUGCGGGGGGGCAGCUUGGCAAGCGAGCCCAGCGACACGCACGUGUGAAACUAUCUGACGAGACUGAAAAAAAAAGAAAAGAAAAACUGAGCUUUUGGUUUGUGUCUGCUGAGCUCCCUGCUCUCAAUCAGCAAGAGGAAGCUACGGAGCUUGUUGUGAACAAACGGUGUGAGUCUGAUCGUGUACAGUAAUUAAGGUCCGUCUCACUCCUGUGUGUCUUUCUAAUGAUGGCAUUGCUUUAAAUGGAAUCCAGCUAUGCAGCAUUCUCGUCCGCUUCUGUUUACGCGUUUUAUUAAUCUCCCUUUUUGUCGUUUUUUAAUUAUUUUUAUUUUUUUUACCACGUUUCGUCCUCAUGAGCGUAGCGACGUUUUGAUUUCUUUCUUUUUCUAUGUGCACUUUGAACCGACUAAAAUCAGUGUUUAGAAAGUCCUGUCCUUUGACCACAACAAGAAGUGGUCUCUAAACUUUAAAAAAGAAAAAAAGGAGGCGCCAAAAAACAAUCACUAUGAGCGCUCUGGUUUUUUUUGCUGCAUCAAGCGAUGUUCUUGAGCAUGCUCGGUAAAAAAAAAAAAAAAAGAGUUGACGGUCUUAAAAGACUGAACAAAACUGCUCAAAUUUUUCUAUGUUUCCUUGAUUUGUAUGCAAUACCAAUUUUUUCGACUAUCGAUUUUUUGUAUCAUAAUUUUUUUAAUUGUGCAAUAGGAUUUAGCUUUUAGAACGCUUUCGAUGUUUUUAUCGCUUCUGUUAUUUUUGUUAUUGUUUCAAUCCCGUCGUUAUUUUUUUUGUCAUGUUAAAUUUUUGUUGCACUUAUGAAUUGUCACAAUCGUUUUGUAAACAAUCCACCGUACACUAUCAACCCCCCCCUGACUCAAGAGGAGAAAAACGGAUGACAAUCCUCUCUUUCCUUCUUCUCUGGAUUAAUUUUUGUGAUGGGGGGGGGGCACAAACACUAACAAUCAACCCUAAGUGACUGGAAAAAAGUGGGUUUUUAACAGAACUCCUUUCUGCUUGCACAAAUGACACCAGGAAUGGCUCAAACUCUGGGGGUCUUCAAACACUACAAUCACCGGAAUCGAACCUACGGAGGGAUCUGUUACAGUGGCACCUCGAACUCACAUCACUGUACCACCAUCACCUGACCUCACUGUGGACUCUGUGUAGCUGCCCGUUAUGCGACUGAAAGACCCGGAAACACUAAGAAAAGCCCACAUUCUGCUCUACUACCAGAAACUAGUCCAAAAGAUACCAAACCCCUCUGAAGCACGCUGGAUAUUAUUUCUGCUUCUCGCUGUCUCAUCCCUCGAUGUCCGAAUGACUGAUUCCGCGCUCGCACGUGUGUGAGUGUGCACGCGUUGGGUGUUUUUCCUUUUAAAAAGCAUUAGAAUUGUCGAGGCGUAGCUGUACAGUCGUGCUGAAAUUGUCAUCGUACCCAUUCUGUGGUUUUUCAGGCGCUGCUUCAGGGCAUACUAAAAAAAAGAAGAUCUCAUUUAUGUUUUUGUAAUCUGUAAUUUGUAUGAAAAACAACAACAUAUGUAUGUGUAUUGCAUUGAUAUUUGCAUCAUUUCUAUGGAAUUCUGUUUUUGCAUUCAAUGGACACGGCCUUCGAUUUCCAUUGCUAUGCAUCUGCUCGGUACAGUUUCUGUAAACAUUUUCAAGUCAAUAUGGAAGUAAAAAAAAAACUCAAUAAAUGUAUGAAAUAAUC